GGUCCGUUUCCACAGUCGGAGCACAGACAGAUCCUGUCCCUGGAAAUGUGGACGUUACAGAGCAUUACAGAGGAGCGUCUCGCUUUACUGAACUGGAGGAGCGCUUCAGGAUGAGCUGAACCGCCUUCAGGCUCUGAAGAGGAGAGCUAGAACUCUUCUGUCGUGGAGUCGGAGUCGUGGAGAGUCAGUGGAGUCUGGGAAUUUGGAAGGAAAAGAUGUUCUUCUACCUGCAUCUCGGCUUGGAUCACCUGCUCCUCAGCGACGAUGGAGGGAUGAAGUAGAAACACUGUAAAUCCCCUUAAAAAAACUGAACACAGCCAAGGUCACUCACCUGUGUCCAGGUACAGGAGCUUCAUCCCCCCCUUUUCCUGUACUGCUGCUGCCCUCUGCUGGAGCAACCGGAAUACUGCAGCAAUGAUAAACACAAACAUUUCCCUGCACUACAGUUACAUAGGAAAGCUGGACAAUCGAAACGUAACCACCGGCGGCACCCUGGGACCGGAGAAGGUGGUAUUUCUGGUUAUAUGUAGCUUCAUAGUCCUGGAGAACAUGAUAGUUCUGAUAGCCAUAUGGAAAAACCACAAAUUCCACAACCGCAUGUACUUUUUCAUCGGCAACCUGGCUUUGUGCGACCUGCUGGCCGGAGUCGCUUAUACGGUGAAUGUCCUAAUGUCGGGCGAGAGGACUCUACACCUGUCCCCGGUUGAGUGGUUCAUCCGGGAGGGGAGCAUGUUCGUGGCGUUGGGGGCUUCCAUCUUCAGUCUGCUGGCGAUAGCCAUCGAGAGGCAUCUCACCAUGAUUAAGAUGAGGCCUUAUGAUGCCAACAAGAACUACAGGGUGUUUCUGCUCAUAGGGACGUGCUGGUUGAUAGCUAUAGCUUUGGGAGCGCUGCCUAUUCUAGGCUGGAACUGCCUGGGCAACCUGCCAGACUGCUCCACCAUUCUCCCCCUCUAUACAAAGAAAUACGUGGCCUUCUGUAUCAGCAUCUUCAUGGCUUUGUUGCUGGCCAUCUCGGUGCUGUACGCUCGUAUUUACAUCCUGGUCAAGUCCAGCAGCCGCAAGGUGACGAAGCACAGCAACUCGGAACGCUCCAUGGCCCUGCUGCGCACCGUCAGCAUCGUUGUCGGGGUUUUUAUAGCCUGCUGGACGCCCAUCUUCGUCCUCCUCCUCAUUGACGUGGCCUGCAAGCCCAGGAAGUGCAGCAUCCUGCUCAAAGCCGACUGGUUCAUCGCGCUGGCCGUGCUGAACUCCGGCAUGAACCCCAUCAUCUACACCCUGGCCAGCAGGGAGAUGCGGCGGGCGUUUUUCGGGCUGGUUUGUGGCUGUUUGGUGAAGCCCCGGGACCCCAAACCGAACGGAGACGCCAGCCGAAGUAAGCUGAGCUCCAGCCAGAGUCAGAAACCAGCAGAAGAGCAGGAUGAAAGCCCCCAAAUCACCGUCACUCACACGUCAAAGCGGGAGCCGGUCAGCAGCCAUGGAGGAGAGUGCUGAAAACCUGAGGUGAACUGAGACUCCUGGAAACACAAGCUGACAUUGAGAAUCAUUGCAGUGUCUUUUGCUGGGUCAUAAAUAGUCAUGGAGGUGGGGUUCAUCUUCAGGAGGUGGAGAAGAUCUCUUCCACCGUUCCCUCUCUUGGCUUUUUUGUGGCUUAUGUCAUAGAGCAGGAGUGUCCAGUUUUAUCCGUAAAGGCCCGGGGGGGGUGCAGGUUUUCGUUC